GUGUGGCACCAAAUGGAGCUCCAGCCUAUCUUCUCUCCUCCUUCAUCAGUUGGGAAUGCUUGCUUCCGGAUGAGGCACCAGAUAUGCAUGUCAAUGAACCAUCACAUGUGCAAAUCUGAUGCGAGGAACAGAGUUUUCCUGAGGCUGCAAAGUGAAUAUUCCUUCAAGAUUAGUAGAGGUUCUAUUUAUUGUUCAAAUUUCUCAGAGAACAAUCCUACCACACCUUCCAUUAGUGAGACAACGGAUGCCAAAGUCAUUUAUUCUGUUGCUCCUGCCAUGGGACAUAACAAGGAAUCACAUCCUGAAUGCAAUUCUAGAGUACCUGCCAUCAUGGAUGCGCUUGAGAAGGUGGAGUUGACUUCAAAGUUUCGUGGCUCGGAAGUCAUUGAACUUCAAAGCUUAAGACCUGCUUCAGUAGAUGACAUAGCAAGUGUUCAUGCAAAAGCAUAUGUCUCUGGGCUUGAGAAGGUUAUGGAUCAGGCAUCAGAAAAGGGUUUAAUCUUCAUUGAUGGCUCUGGACCAACUUAUGCCACGCCCACAACCUUCCAGGAAUCAUUGUUGGCUGCUGGAGCUGGAACUUCCCUGGUUGAUUCAGUGGUUGCUGCAUCAAAAGUUAGCCAUAAUCCUCCUGUUGGCUUUGCUCUGAUAAGACCUCCUGGUCAUCAUGCUGUUCCAAAAGGGCCAAUGGGCUUUUGUGUGUUUGGGAAUGUUGCAAUUGCUGCUCGUUAUGCUCAGCGUGCUCAUGGAUUAAAACGUGUGUUUAUCAUUGAUUUUGAUGUACACCAUGGGAAUGGCACAAAUGAUGCUUUCUAUGAUGACCCGGAUAUAUUUUUUCUUUCAACUCACCAGGAUGGAAGCUACCCUGGCACAGGUAAAAUAGAUCAGGUUGGUCGUGGAGCUGGUGAAGGAGCAACUCUGAAUCUACCUUUACCAGGUGGCUCAGGUGAUAUUGCCAUGCGAACUGUGUUUGAUGAAGUUAUUGCACCUUGUGCUCAGAGGUUCAAGCCAGAUAUAAUCCUUGUUUCAGCAGGAUAUGAUGGGCAUGUCUUGGAUCCACUGGCUAGCCUGCAGUACACAACAGGAACAUACUACAUGCUUGCUUCCAGCAUCAAGCAACUUGCCAAAGAUUUGUGUGGUGGGCGCUGUGUCUUUUUCUUGGAAGGAGGAUAUAACCUCACAUCCCUGUCAUACUCAGUGGCUGACUCCUUCCGUGCUUUUCUUGGGGAACCAAGCUUGGCUGCUGAUUUUGAUGAUCCUGCCAUCUUAUAUGAUGAACCAUCAAAAAUGGUAAAACAGGCAAUCCAGAAAAUCAAGCACAUACAUUCCCUGUAAAAAUGUCUGGAAGGACUAAGCUUCUCGUCUUAGUGCUGUAUGUGGUACUUAAUGCUGCUCUGUGAGGGCAUCCAUUUCUUCCCUCUUAUUAGAAUCCUAGUGAUGAGAUAAAGGUUUUACUUGUUUUACUAUCAGAUAUGAUCAUUAGAUGAAGUACAAAAUACUGGUUUUAUUAACUAAUUCUUUUUGAAUUUUAC